GGGUACCAGUACUUUCCGGACUGACAGACCUAGUGCUUAUAUGCUUCCAAACGAAGCAGGCUUCAUACUUACAUCGCAUUUAUCUAUUGACGACAGUGGCUAUUCGUGGAAGGACAAUCUUUCACAAUUAAAGAGUUUUGUUCAAAACGAUUUGAAUAUAAUUAAUGUAAGUUCUACUAAGCAAUCUCAGUCUGCCGUACUCUCUCCAAUUAAAACAAUCACUAUCUAGAGCCUCGUAAGCUACCAUCUGUAAUACAGCAAUGGCAGCAAUCAACCAACAAAGGAGCAAAAAAACGGAUAUAAUUCGUCACUAAAAGCCUCUACCCCCUGCCCAUUUCGUAUACGCAGUGGUCGAUGUCUUAAAGGUAACGGUGCGAUUUUAAACAUCCUAAACCAUCUCAAACACAGAAAUGUAAUAUACCAUGUUCCUUUCUGCAAAAAAGGGGCUAUACUGCCUGAAGAAGAAUAGGUGUGACUUUUCCCGCGACAAAUUGAUGCCUAACAACGCAUCUCUCAGACCCUAUCUAGGCAAUUAUGCGCAUCCCAAUCCUUUUUUAUCUCACCGCCGAGUCUCGGUGAGACGAUACAUCAAUCCCAACCCGUUCCCGCCGCGUCAGGUAUUACCGGGAACCAGGGAGAAAUUUACCCGUUCUAAAUCCCUUGACGGAAAUCCCAGUCCCUGCAUGGUUACAUCAACCAACCCCCCCCCCCUUCCCCCCUCAUCUACAACCACUAUAUAAUGAGCAAACUAAGAGUACGACACAGACCUCUUAUCAGACAUCUUACGAGACAAUGAGAAUACCAGUUAGAAUUAUACGUCGUCCUACCCCAAAUUUUCUUAUUACCCGCAAUACUAGAAAUACCCGUAACCUGAUUUCUAUUAAAAAAUAAAAAUCAAGAGAUGAUAUCUAGAAAUAGACCCCCAACCGUUACUAGAUCACUCCCCAACGUUAUGGUUCUCAAUGCAAGAUCAAUCUUUAAUAAAGUUGACGAAUUAAAAGCUCAUAUUGAAAAUUACAGAUCUGAUAUAAUUUUUGUAACAGAAACUUGGUUCUCUGAAAUAUUCCGAAUGAAGUAAUUUAUAUUGAUGGUUUUAACGUUUUCAGGAAAGACAGAACGGAAAUGCGUGGAGGAGGCGUAAUGUUUUAUAUUAAGGCAUGGGUGACACAAAGAGUAAGACCAAAAUGGCUGCCAAGAAAAAUUUCAAGAAUCGCUCUGGCGAUUGCGUUUACCUUCCACCCUCUAUAUCACACAAUGAUUUAAAACUCUAUUUUACAACUCUAUUUAUAAGAUUAGCUAAGGUCUCUAAGCCAAAGGCAAAGCAUUGACGCGCGCAAUCUUGCGACAUAAACCUAAGUUUUGUCCAUCUGUUCAUGAUAAGUUUUGGCAAAAACAACUACUAUACAUAAUUUGCCCACAAACAUCCUCAUCUUUUACAAUCUAAAUUAUAUUUCCUACAUACAAUUAACGCAACUUUUACGACAAAAGCAUAUAUUUAAGAUGAAUAGCUUAACAAAAAUAGCUCAAUAAACAAAAUAUUUUCCGUGUCACAGUUGGGAAAUAAAAUACAAUUCAGUACCAAAAAUAUAUAGUAUUUUGGAGAAAAUGUUCUAAAUAUAAUGAUUUUGUAAAUUAAGGAAAGAAAGUGCUUUCUUCAUUCCAAAUUGCAUGUACGCAAAACCAUGCUACUAUAGCACCUAUAGGGAGAUGCGAAACAUAAUGGGGCGAGCUAGACUUGAAUCAAGUCCGUCUCUAAAGUCCGAGUCGCGAAGCGAUGAGAUCGAGACGUUACAGCACCUCGCGCGCAGCCGUCGCGGCGCGCUCGAUCCCUCGGACUCUAGAGAGAUGGACUUGACCCAAGUCCAAGGCCGGCAAGAGCGAGCCUAAGCACCCGUAUACGUCUAUACGAGCGAUAUGACAGGCUAAGAUCGUAGGUAUAGGUACUGGGUAUAGCCGAGACACACUGUGCGAUUUGAGAUUGAAGGUUAUGCUGGAGCUAUAACGUUUUAACAAAAAUUCUACAUCUUAAAAACUGUAGUUGCUACAUGUUUCUUUUGAAAAUAUGACUGCCUUCGCGUCACGAUAUUUGCACGCUUCUGAUUUAGCUCGAGGACAAGGGCUUCCGAAACAUUCAUAUUUCGCAUCUCAAAUGAUCAAGAACAAAACUAUGUUCUCGUGUUUUGGCAGGCAUUGUAUCUGCUUUGAUAUAAAGCACACAAGUUGACUCAUCCAAAUCUUGUGAAAACGACAGAACAGACGAACCGUAUGGCACCAAAUUAAAAACACGAACACGGUUUUGCUCAUACAUGUACUUUGUUCAACAUUGUGGUAAAGUUCGGAGGGAAUCGGAUAAAACGUGCGAGGUGCAUUUCUAUUUUUGUGGGGACAAUCUGUAUGAGAAAUAUUCAUUCUCCGUAAAAGACCAUAACAGGUUUGGCGUGUUUUUUCCGCUUUCUCUUAUCACCUCUAACUGUAAUUGGAUUAAACAAAAGUAAAGUGUGUUUUGGCAAGGGUUUUCGGUGUCAUUUACUCAUUAGUCAUUAUUAGUUUAUCACAAACCGUACGUGCAAGAAACCAGAUAGAAAAACUAACUUGCUCAUAUGCCGGCGAAACGCAAAUGUAAAGACUUCGCUACAGAACCAUCUAAGUCGGGCAAACGAAAAUGCAGGAGAAGAUCUGUCGUGCACCACGAAGACGCAAGCGAGUUUGAAGGUCACACAUCCGAUAUCGAGUAUCAUCCAUCCACAUAUUGUCAAUUACAAUUACAACUUUCGCGGCAAAAACAAUUAGUGGUUGUAACAUGUUUUGUUAUAUCUCGGUUUCAUUUUAAUAUUUUCGUAAAAAAAUUGCGGCAAUCGAGAGAUCUCCAACCCCUCCAUACAAAUCAAUAAAAAUCAGUGUUUUCAUCAUAUAAAGUGACUUUAAAUUUAAAUCUUCUUAAUUACCCACUAUGGACCGGUAUCAACCUCGUAAUAAUAAUUAUUAGCCUAGCUCAAAAAUAUUUUGAAAUUGUACGCUAAAAUGUGCCUCUAAAAUGUGCGGUUAUGUGCCUCUAAACAAUACUUAUUGUUGAAAUAAUAAACUUAAGUACAUAACAUCAACGCCAUAAAUGUUACUUGAUUUUAAAGCUGGAUUUCAAAUGGUUCUACUAAAGGUAUAAACUAUAUGAUUUUAUGCUAAUGCAUGCUAGUACGUACUUAAGUUUAUUUCUUUCAACACUAAAUUUAAAUCGCACAGUGUGUCAGGGCUACAAUGCUACAUGUACUAAAAUGUGAAGGAAACAUAAAGGGCACUUCUGUAAAAUUUAUGAAACCAUGCUCCGAAACAGCAAAACUUACCCAUUCAUUAACCGCUUUACACGAGUUAGUCAGGUAUAGACGACGUAUGAUGGCAGGUUUUCUUCUACUGGUUUAUAUCCGCAACGUCUCACUUGAACCUGACACCAAAAUACUAAUUCGUUGCCGCAACUGUAUGCAACCAUUUGUCUAAACAAAAUUAUGAAGAAUUUUAGCUAUACAUGCUUGUAGGCCUAUCAAAACAUUUUCCACGCGAAGGCCGAUUUACAUUACACAACCUUGGCUAAAACUAUCGCAUGCAAUCUGCUUAUAACUUGAGCGAAUCAAGCACACAACUCACCUACUUUGUCACUCCGGAUCCAUAGAACAGAAUGUUGAAGGAGCAGUUGCAAGUAACUAUACAGCGCCUAUAUGCACAUAGUUGUGUUCCAUCGAAGUUCGACGUCGAAGUUCUGCCUACACUGGCACCGACCGUUCGAGAUUUUAUCGGCCUUAAGAGUGACUGCCUGUAACCAUCACGCAAAAUUUGAAAUCCGCGGCAAACCUUGAAAAAUCGAUUUCCCUUAUACUUUCAAGUUAGCGAGGGUAAUGUUCCCAAGAAUUGCCUUAUAGUUGGUUUGAUCAAAUAUCGCUUUAUAACGGAGAAAAUUUAAAUUAUCAAACACUACCAAAAAACGCCGAUUACGACAGUUAAUUAUUACUCAACUUUCGCGGCAGAUGGUCGAAAAAAAAAACGCUAGAGGUUCAAACACCCCAAAUACUUUGAAAAUAUUCCAUUGUGCACAACAUGUGUGACUUUAAGAUCAAUUGUUCAGUUAUAACACAACAAUAUAAUUUUAUUCGCUAGACAUAUAUUUCGAGUCGUUCAAAUUAUGUCGUACAAAAAUAUGAAUUUUAAAACUGCUUAACUUGUCAGUCGCUUGAAACGUCCAUGCUCGAUUACUUAUAUGUUUAUCUUUCUAAUGGUAUAAAAACAUCUUUGGGCAAACGAUUUUCAUUCACGUGGUAGCUCCUCAAACUUUGGUCAAAUUUACUCAUUUCUGGCAUUUAAUUUAAUUUGGCGGCGUUCAACAAAAUACAAGAUGCUAGUGUUUAUGUGUGGAUUAUGAACUCAUAAACGAAGCUAAAACACAUCAAAAACCUUAAAUGAUGCAUUUUGUUAAGGAUUCUUACCUGUUAAACUGCUAAACCCAGAUGUUCAUGAGUGUUUUUCAAUAACAUCGAUGUGGUUUAUUUGUUUACCGAUUCGACCAAGCUGUAGCCUGCAUGGCAGGCGGUACGUAGGAAAUACCGCCUGCCGCAAAACUGGGUGUAAAUGAACUACCGCCCCUGAAGCAUCAACGCUAUUUAUAGAUGCAUUAAUUAAGUAAAUAUUCAAAAUUAGCCACUCCCAAGCUGCUCCCAAGUCCCAACUGCCCAACAUAAAAUAAAUUCCUUGAUUCUCAUCACCGCCCGACUGAAUUUUAAAAUCCUCGUGAAAACGUUUUAUUUUUAGUUAUACAAUAUAAAUGUACCGCCCGACAAAAUAAUUCAAGACAGUUAAUUUUUUCAUAUUUUAUAUAGAGUUUUUAUUGCCAUUUUAAACUUCCAAUUUGAAACAAACAGAAUUUUGAGUGAAAUUUCAUUGUAUUUUAAAGAAACCCAGUCAUUCUGUCAUUGUUCGUGGAGAUACGAACUAUUGAUAUAUAAAUUAUAUAAAUAUAAAAUAUAAAAAAUAAAUCUCCCACUGUCUUCGACAUUUCAAAGUGUAGACUGUGUCUAGUGAUGAGAAUCAAGGAAUUUAUUUUAUGUGUUAAUAUAAACCAAGCCCGUUUAGCUGCCUUAAAACGGUGGUUUAAUAAGCUCAAAAUACAAAUCAUGCAAGUCUAUACUAUAGAUUCAUCAUCAGUCAACAACCAAACUAAAAGUAUUGAACCUUAUAGAACGAUAGUUUUAUUUGUUUACAACUAUACAUAUUCAACGGGUAUAUAAGAGUUUAACUGCAUGUUAUUUGAUAAUUACUGCAUCAACCGGCCCCUUGUUUAUACUUUGGAGGUUCGUAUAUAAUAUCUAUCAAGUAUCUUUGGUUCAGAACAUGACUGAUAGGCCUAUAUGGAAAUCCCACUGUUCGAUUCAGUGAAGAAAUAUCUCCUAAUUUCUAUCGAUAGUUUUAGUAAAAUGUCAACAUUAUUGCGAUUUAUGGCCUUUGAAAGUCAAGCGAAAUAGUAUAUUAUCAUAUUAAUACGCAUGUAAUUGUCUGAACGAAAAUAUAGACUAGCCCAUACCUUUGGCCAUCAUAACUUCGGCCCCUUCGGACGUAUCUUCUUUGUUAAAUAUUCUUGUACGAAUCGCUAUCAAAAACACUACUUAGAGUGUUAUUUUUCAGCUUGUAUCUUUAAAUUUGCUUCUUUUAUUAUGGUAUUCCAUUUCUGGUCUGACUUGACGUGAACUAAUUUCAAAACGCAGAGUUUCAAAACGUCAAAACAUUUGGUUAAUGAUUAACAUUUAACCAAAUUUAGCCGUUGAUUGACAACUACAUAAAAAUACUAACCAAUCCGUUUUUCCCGUUCACCAGCGGACGGGUAAUUCAAAAACCCCUAGUUUUGCGGCAGACGGUAUUUCCUUUGCUUCCCUAAUUUUCGCUGCCCGUAGAAAUACCGCCUGCCAUGCAGGCUAACCAAGCUGCCGUGUCUGCAUGCACAAGAGGCCAAAUUUUGUAAAUAUAUUUGACAUCCGUUAUUCCGUACGAUGUUUAAUUAUUUAUUCGGUUUAUUUACGUGAUAUCUUGUUCGUUGUAUGGCAUAUCACACAUUUUAAUACAAUUGUUGUAUAUUUCAGGUCACUUUAAUAUUUCAAAGCGCGCUUCCCAUGUUUUGUUUUGAUUGUAAAUACUGCAUAUUACUUAUUACAUUUCUAAAUUUAGAAUACUGGGCGGGGUUUGAUUACAAGUUGCGAAAUUUAUAAUAAUCUGCCAUAUUUUGCCAUUUCAUCUUUUUAAUGCCCAACUUUACAGCAUAAUCAAAUAAAGUUCAGUACUUUAGUGCGAUAUGGAGGUUUGUUGUUCGUUUAAGACGAUAAUUGGGGGAAUAUGUGGUUCAGAUAGCCGAGAUAAAAAAGAAGUAGUGACAGUCAUUCCACUAGUUUCCUGUUCAAGAGAUAUAGCAAAACAUUUGGGAUCAUUGGCGUUUUCUGGACCGGAAAAUGAGGUAGAUUUGAUCUUGUCUCGAGCUGCGAUAUUUAAGAUACCACAGGAUAUAAACAACAUGACAAUAUGCCCAUUCCAUCGCGGGAAACUUGGUUUAGGAUGGACAAGAGGAGCUAGUAUAAGAUGCAGAGUUCCACCUGUUUUGUCACAGCACGGUAACAAAAAUAAGAAAAGUUGGCCCAAGGGUGAAAGAGGGUUGGGAAAAUAUGACUCCCUACAUGUGUUACGAAAGACUGGCGUGUUUAUUCAGUGUGGCUCAGGUAAGAAUUUUUUGUCAGAUUUUGAUGCGUUUCUUUCUGAGAGCUUUUGAAACUUACAAACUCUUGCAAAAAUGCGAGCAAAAAUGAAAUAUAUUUGCAAGAAAUUUAUCAAUCAUCAAAUCAAGAAAUGUUUGCUAUUUCGCUGUCGUCAUGCAGUCGUUAUAAUGCACACUUUAAAUUAGACCAAUCAGUGUUCGCUAUUCAUGACAGUCCGCCAAAUAUUUUGAGAUCAGUGAGGAUGACCACCCACCGAAACAUCGUUGGUGAGCCACGCCCGCAAUAUUUGAUGAACUUUAGACUUCGCUAAUGCUUUCGUUUCCCCGGGUGUAAAUAGCCGGGGGGAAAUAGUACCUCGUCGGCUCGGGGAUUACAACCCAAUUUAAUAAAAUGUAAUGAGCAGCACUUUAUUCCACAGGAGUAUGCAGAAAAUGUAGAGAUCUUUUGAAGAAUCUUCGCAGAGUAGAUGUCGAUGAACUAGAAAGUCAGUUGAAGCAAACAACAUUGGUAUGUCAAAUAGGAUAUGGUGAGAGGCAGCCAUGUUAUCGGCAGAUUAAUAAUUAAAAAUCCACAUACUGUAACGAACCUCUGUCUCUUAUAUUAGACACCCGUUUACACGAUGUCCGCAAAGUUUGAAAACGAAACGAAAUUCUUACUUUUAGUUCACACGAUACCGGUAUGAAAAAACAUGAAACCGUAACGAUAACCAUAAGAGUUUGAAACCGCAGCAAAAUUCUGCCGUCUCGGCACCGUGUGAACGCCUAACCCUAAGAGCUGUAUUACGGUAAACAAGGUAAACAAGCAAUGAAGCUAUGAAGGUAAACUUCAAAUAAGAAAAAAACUCGAAACAAUUAUCGCACCAAACCGGAACGAAACUCUACGGGAUAAUUUUCUGCCGGCAGAGUUUCGUACCGGCAUGGUGUGAACGAGCCGGAUACAGAUGUGCACCAACGGACGGACGGACGGACGACGGACGAAUAGGUGUAUAGACGACCGAUGAGUCGAUCGAAGAAUAAGAGAAAUAACGGUAUCUCACAAUUUUUAGGAUGAUGAUGAUGAUGAAGUAAUGUUCAAGACACCCAUGCACAAAACUAUCCCAGUUCCUCAAACACCUCUUGAUGUAAUGGAUUCAACGUUUUUUCCCCCCUCAGCAGUUUCUGAACUCUCACAGAUGGAAGACCCUAACACAACGCCUCGAGAAAGGCUGAAUGUGUUUCUUGCUUCUAGAGAUGUAAGCCCCAUAAGGACAGCGAUGAACACUUCAUGGCAUGCAGCGGCAGAUCGUACAAAAAGACACUAUUUACGUAAAGCUAGGCAAGUUAUUCACGCAACACUUGAAGAAAUCGCACCAGAAAAUUCUGAAGAGCUAUUAAGAGCCGUGCAAGAAGGAAGUAUGGGCGGAGAAAGUGACUUGGAUUCAACACUUUUGGAAGUCUUGGUCGAAUGUUACGAUAAUGCAAAUUGUUGGAGCAGCCGCAGACAGAUACUGUCAAUCAUGGCUGACAAAGUCAGCUUUACAACGCUUCAAAAGUGGAUCCCUGGUAUAUCACGUUAUCGGUUUUCAAUUGCACGCCACCAUCGAUUGCUUCAUGGAAGAGGAUCUGAAGUUCCUCAACGUGACCUACGGCAAACACGAAUGAGGGCCUCACCUGAACAGCUGGAUCAUUUCUUAGCAUUCAUAACGAGUUCAAGAGCUAUCCAAGAUUUACCAUUUGGUGAAAAAACUCUAAAACUAUCUUCUGGUACUGAAAUCAAGAUCCCAAAUGUAAUAAGAACCUCAAUCCCAGAACAGAUCGUAAAGCAGUAUGAGCGCUAUUGCGCAGAAAUCGGAUACAGCUCCCCUCUAAGUCGAAGCAGCAAUCUAAGGAUACUGAAAGUAUGUUCAGCAUCGAUGCACAAAUCGCUUCAAGGGCUCGACUAUUUCUCUGCUGAUGGGGUGAAGGCCUUUGAUGAUUUACAAGAAGUUGUCGAGAAGCUUGGAGAUCGCUACCAACGAGGAAUGUCAUGGUCGAAAGAAAUUUCAAAAAAGCUGAAGCUGGCAAAGCGCUACUUGAAAGGGGAUUAUAAGGUUAGUGACUAAUCUUCCUAAUCAAUCAAAUCAAAUCUUCUGUGAUCAAAGUGUAUGUUAAUCAAAAUAUUUGGUAGUGUAAAGGCCUGGUCACACUACACAACGAUAACGAUACGAUAAAUUGUAAACACGCGAUAAUUGUCAAAAAAAUUGUGUUAGUGUCCACACAACAACGAAAAUGAUAAAAUUAUCGUUAGACGAUAACGAUAACGAUUUUAAAAUCGCUCACCUGAGCGAUUUUUUUUUCAGUCGGACGAUAACGAUAAAUUUUUGACCAAUCAGCGCGCGUAUACAAGUUAUCGUAUCGUUAUCGUUGUGUAGUGUGACCUGGGCUUAAGCCCCCAUUAAAGAAAGCGAUUGCUUUGAAAUUUUUUGAUCAAUGACUUUUUAAAAAUUUAAUCACAGAAAGCUUGGAAGUGUAAACCGAGCAUAGUUUGCAAUCCAGCAUGCAAAUUCGUCCGCCAUCAUAAUAAGCGCCAUAUUUUUCUUUCAGGUGCACAUAUCGUCUAGUUCAAGGAUUCCUGAUCAUUGUCGGCCCUAUGCCUUAAGCCAUGCCAGUGAUCCAGAUUAUUUGCAGUCCUGUAAGCAUAAACAUGAUCUAAUCUGCGACAGAUGCAAUCUGUUUCCUGCUGCUGUGCGCGAAAUGGAGUCAGUUUUGGACGAGGAUGAUAUACCCCUAGAAGAAAAAGAGGAAAUGAAGUUCAUAGUAACCCAGGCAAAGAAGAAUAUCGAAGCGUGGAAAGCCCAUUUACUACGAUCCGUCAACCAAGAUCAGGCUCGGUUAGAUAUUCUUGACAAACUGGAUGACACUUCAGUACUCGUCAUCUUGGAUUGGGCAAUGAAAUUUAUUCCCAGAAGAUACCGAGAAAGCCAGGCCGACUGGUUCGGCAAAAGAGGUAUUUCUUGGCACAUCAGUGUAGCCAUGAGAAAGGUAGAUGGCAAACUACAAAACCUCACUCUUGUUCACGUGUUCGACAAAAGCAACCAGGACAGCUUGUAUGUGAUAGCAGUAAUAGAUGACGUCAUUUUCCAGUUAAAGCGCGCAAUGCCAGAACUGAAAUCUGUCAACUUUAGACAAGAUAAUGCCGCCUGCUAUCAUAGCUCAGCCACCGUAAUUGGAGUACAAAACCUCGCAAGAAAGCACAAAGUGGCCAUUCGUAUAGAUUUUUCUGAUCCUCAAGGUGGCAAAGGUCCCUGCGACCGCAAAGCUGCUGUGUUGAAGAAUCACAUGCGUACAUAUCUUAACUCUGGAAAUGAUAUCACGAACGCAGUACAGAUGAAGACCGCUAUGGAAUCGAAUGGUAGUGUACGUGGUCUAAGUGUGGUUCUCGGUGGUUCUCUACAGAUUCCAGAGAAAUAUCUACCAGAGAAAUGGGAAGGCGUAAGCCUCAUCAACGAUGUUGUUUACAAGAAGCGCAACAUGGAGGUUUGGAGAGCAUAUGAUGUCGGAAAUGGAAAAACGAUACAGUAUACUAAAUUUGAAUCAACGAAGUCAUCCUCAUCAGUUACGUUACCCACUCUUAACAAGAUGGAGGAUUCUGACCAGAUUCCAGAUUUCUGCGAUGUCCUGGCACGAAAGAGCAGAAAAGAAAAAGAAACAAAGACCGAUGCUGAAUCGCACGAGGAUGACAGUGAUACCGAUGACGACACCCUGUUCACCUGUUCCGAAGAAGGAUGCGUAAAAGCUUUUCAAAGAUUUUCGUCGCUACAAAAACACCUAGACUUUGGAAAACACCAAUAUGCUCUAGAGAAAGAAACUUUUCUUGAUCGGGCUAUGCAGAUAUAUGCUGAGAAUUUGGAGAGUGGGAAGGCGAACAUUGAGGAAGUCCAGGAAUCUGCUUCACAACCUAGCUCAGAUAUACCCCCAUUACUGAUGGGUUGGGCUUUGAAAUAUAGUUCAUCUAGCCGACGAUUUACGGAAGCUCAGAAGAAAUACCUAACAGACCUGUUCGUUCUUGGAGAGCAAACAGGAAGAAAAGCGGAUCCGGAACAGGUAUCCAAAGCUAUGAGAAAAACACGGGGUGCUAAUGGGUCUUUUCUGUUUGACGCUGGAAGCUAUCUCACAUCAAAACAAAUUACUAGCUUUUUUUCCCGUUUAUCUGCCAAGAAAUCUCUUCCAGCCACCUGCUCAAGCACUGCUGAUAACGAUGAAGAAGAAUCGAUUGACGAUAUGCUAGCAUCACAGGAAGAAAUAGAGUUUGAACGUGUGCGACAAGAGCUUCUCAGCGAAUUUGUCAUUGCUCAUCCCAUUGUCUUCGAUACCUAUAACAUCUGCCAAAUGGUUGCUGUCUCCGGUCUUUCGAAGUUAUCUAUAUCUGUGUUACAAGACAUUUGUAAGUACUUUGAACUUGACUGUUCAGAUAUAACAAAGAAACGAAAGCAGCCUUACGCUGAUAUCCUUACAGAGUUUGUCAAGAAUUCAUGCACAUGUACCAAUUAA